AUGACUUCAACCAGAAUGCUCAGACAAUUUAUCGUUAAAAUAAACCAGAUACCUCACGGAGUUAGUUACGCUAAAAAGUUUAUCACGUUGUUUUUGCAAUUUGAUGUGGUCAUGCCCCAAAAGUGGAAUCAAAAACGUCCGGGGAGGCCAAGGAAAAAUACUUCUGCUUCUAGAAACUUUAACGAUGCUUUACAACAUGGUUCUCCCAAAAAAUUGAACCAGAAUAACGAAUUUAACGCAUCGGAGCAAUACCCUUACUAUGCUACACAGGAUAAUUAUAAUUAUUUCGCUCGUCAAGAUAGAGAACACAACUUUUAUCCACACCAGCAAAUCCAAUAUAGUUAUUCUCCGCGAAAGAAUGUCGAGCAAAGUUUCUCUCCACACAAUAUGUUGGUGCAACGUUCUGACGAAUUUACAGGUGAUGCUUCUCCCGAGAAGAACUUUCCGUCGCAAGCUUACCCAAACUUCGAUCCUGUUUUUUCCCCGCAAAACACACGACUUCCGGAAGAAAGUGCAUUUGGUUCUCGUUAUCCGGCCUCAUGGCAACCAUAUCAAGCCGGGGCUUCCUCUGACACAAGGAUUGGCAUUUAUAACAAUGUGCCAUACGCGAAUGAAUGUUUAAACACACAGAGCAACGCUUAUGACGAGUUGUAUCGUGUUCGGAGUCGGCGGGCUGAUCCUUUGGAAGGACUUCGCAGGGCCUUGUACACUAAUGAAGAUCUUGUCGUGAUUGGUAAGUUUGGUUUUCUCAAAGUUUCUUUUAUUGAGAGAAAACUUGAUGAAGCUUGUUUUGUAGCACCCACGGGAUCCGGAAAGACGGUGGUGUUCGAGCUCGCUAUGGUUAACGUGAUCAAGAGUGAAAGAGAAGAACGGGUGAAGAUGGUUUACAUGGCGCCGACAAAGGCGAUUUGCUCUGAACGUGCCAAGGAUUGGUCGCAAAGGUUUCGACCGAUUGGGAUUACCUGCGGAGAACUGACCGGUGACACGGAUUCAACGCACAUUGCCGACAUCAAGAAGAGUCAUAUUAUCAUAACAACCCCGGAAAAAUGGGAAUCCGUGACACGUCAAUGGUAUGGUAUUGUCGUUGACAGUCUAUUGUCGAUUGCAUCGACUGACGUCCGGAAUCUGUUAAAUAUGCUCAAAUUGUUCAUGAUUGACGAGGUUCACAUGUUGCGUGAAGAUCGUGGAGCCACCCUCGAGGCGGUUGUUAGCAGAAUGAAACUAAUGGGAACGAACUGUCGAUUUGUUGCAAUUUCCGCAACAGUAUUUAAUAUCGACGACGUCGCGUUAUGGAUUAGUUUGGAUUUUCAAGAUUCGUCAGCUAAUAGUGGUUUAAAAAAGGCCAGGGUUUUACAAUUUGGAGAAGAGUAUCGACCAGUGCGCCUCUCUCACCAAUUAAUAGUCGUCGUCAAAGAAUAUGUGCAUAAUUGUCAACGGAAUUACAUUUACAGGCUCUUGGAUGUGAUCCAACGCUAUUCCUCUGGAAAAUCUACGAUGGUGUUUUGCACUACAAGAAAGUCUACCGAAGAAGCGUGUCAGGCCAUAAUCAAGAAAAUCAAGCAAAUGCAGCAAUCUCGCCAAGGACUACCUUGGCAUACUCGACCUGUUGACAUGACGUUCCACGACAAGCAACUACCAGAAUUAGUAAGAUACGGAAUUGCAUUUCAUCACGCGGGACUUGAUAUGCAGGAUCGCAAGGGUGUAGAAAAUUUGUUCUUGAGCGGAGUUGUGCAUGUCAUUUGUGCCACGUCUACUUUGGCUGUUGGAGUGAACCUGCCAGCGCAUCUGGUCAUAAUCAAAUCAACCAUGGCUUAUAAAAAUGGAGAAUUUGUAGAGUAUUUGGACUCGGAAAUAAAGCAAAUGUUGGGGCGUGCUGGGAGACCACAAUUUGACGAGAGUGGAACAGGUAUAAAAGCUCGGGUUCUUGUCGCGAAAAUUAAAAUUGGUGUUGAUAUUGAAAUGUCAUUCACUUUAGCGGUUAUCAUGACAAGCAAUGACAUGAAACAAAGGUACGAGGAGUUGGUUACCGGAACUAAAGAUAAGCUUGAGAGCAGCCUGCAUGAAACUCUUCACGAACACUUAAACUCGGAGAUAUGCCUUGGAACAAUAAACCACGUGAACAAGGCGAAGGAAUGGCUAAGGUCGACAUUCUUGUACGUAAGGAUGAAGUCAAAUCCGCAGAGGUAUGACCCAGAAUUCAGAGAAGGACAGGAUUGGGAGAAACGACUCGAAGAAAUCUGUAUGAAUGACAUAAGAAACUUGGUUGUCUCUGAAAUGGUUACAAUCAAUGACGACGUUUUACGGUCCACUAAAAUCGGCGACGCGAUGGCGAAAUAUCAUUUGAAAUACUUUACUGUGGGAAAUAUGUUGACGAUUUUCCAGUGGCAUCAAUCCAAGCCGUCGGCGACAAGGGAUGAAGUCAUUAAAGUCAUGUUACAGAAAAUGUCGAAGGCCGAAGAAUUUAACGAAGUGAAGUUGCAUCGACACGAAAAGCUGGCGUUGAACAAACUAAAUCAUCACGCAGACAUCAGAUUUAAGCUUUCCGGCAAAGUAAAAGAUACCGAGGGAAAAAUAUUUAUAAUGAUUCAGUGUGUGUUGGGCAAUGUGUCUUUUGAAGAUGCACAAAACCGUUUUCAGGCUAACAUGGAAUCCAGGGUCAUCCUCCGGCACGGACAUCCGUUUCAAUUUUUUCUCGGUCUAGGUUUUAUCGAAUUGGCUGCGUAUAAAGAGAAUGUAAAGCUUUUGAGAAUAGCAAUGGAUUUAGCGAGAUGCAUCAAAGUCAAAAUGUGGGACGAUUCCCCUUUAUUGUUAAAACAACUGGAUGGAAUUGGUGAGCAAUAUGCAAGAAAACUUGCAGAUAUCGGGAUAACAACAAUUGAUCAAUUGAAGGAGUGCGAAACCUGGAAAAUUGAGACUAUGCGUGAGACUGUUGCAUCUUUACCUAAAACGGAACUCGACAUUAAUCGCGAACUCACCAAAUCCGAAGAGUACGACCUAUAUUCGACCACCAUAAGUUUGAUCAACAGCACAAAGGUAAAUACCAGGCGUUAUGGAAACAAUCUGAAUAUAGCCUUCAUAGCAGCAGCAGAUAAUUUGCUAUUGGAUUUUCGUCAAAUCCCGUUAUGGAAAGUUCAACAGGGAUUGAGAUUUGAGUUUAGGGUAUUCAAAAAAAAUUGCAUGAAUCGACACGUGGUCUGUUCCGUUUUACCGGAGGAGUUCAUUGGCCUGGAUGUUCAUCGAACAAUCUUACCUGAUGCGCAAUCGAUGAAUGCAUGCAAUAUUUCUUCCACUCCUCCCAAACUUUUGCAAGAAAGUCGCGAAGUGAUCGAGAUUUUGUCGGAUGAUGAAAUAUCUGAACAAACACGGGAAAACGAUGUGACCGAGGGUGAGGAGGUAACGGUUCCCUCGCCAACGCCAAUUGAUGCAGAAAAAUUUUUUGAGGAAAAGGAUCAAAGCGCAAAUGAUCAAGAAGACUACGAGUUAUUACCAAAUGGACGAGUAAAAUGUCAUCAUCAUUGCAAGGACAAAAAGAAAUGUGCUCACGAAUGCUGCAAGAUUGGUUGUCGGCGUGCACCAAAAAAGCGCAAAAUUUCCGUUUUGUCUCCAAAACCUUCACAUGAUCUUCUCGAUGAACCAUUAAUUAAAACGAAAAGGAUUCGAACCGUAAUUUGUUCUGAACCCAAUAAGUUGAGCCCAAUUGAAGUCGACGGGCUUUCCGAUUCUUUGUCAGAUGAUGAUAAACUGAUCGAUCCUCAAGAACUUGAACUGCGCCUUUUAAGUACGGCGAUUAAAGGAACGUCUGAUAAGAAUACCGAAUGUUUGGUCAUGAACGACUCGUCCAAAGCAGUCGAAGGGAUGGAAGACGUCAUUGAAUUGUUGUCACCUUUAUAUGAAGAAAAUGUGUGGUGCGAUUUUUGGAAUGUUGACGGACUUGAAACUCCUGAAGGUCAAACAGCUAACACAGUAGAAAAAAUUGUGCAUAACCAAAAACCUCAACAACCUCGUCGCGAAGGAAUAAUUCCCUACAUGGUGGGCGAAUCGAUACCAGUCGAGAGUGAAAAAGAAGUUGAUGAUGAAUCAGACAAGAUAAUCAAGGUUCCGGAGAUGGAUCAAGAUGCUACUCGAGGUUUUGAUAAAUCAAUUGAAGAAUCAGCAGGAAAUAGUCCAAGUCGCAAUAUCAGACCUGAUGGGCAAUGGUUGGUCACCGAGGAUGAAACUCAUUUCAAGACUUUUACAGAAGCUUUGAUUAUCUUUGACAAUGUACUUCAAACAAUCAUUAUGCAAUGA